AUGGCGGCGAUCCUGCCUUCCUCGCCGGAGAGGCAGUAUUCCUUCUCUUCCGACUCCCUACCUAUCGACAAGUAUUUCCUGGAUAGUCCUGACAUGGCCGAGUCCAAAUCUCCGGUUCAUAACUAUCCUUCCAGGGAUUGUCCGAGUCCCGUCAACUCGUCGGCUCCCUCUUCCAUCCCAUCCUCGCCCGAUUUCAACCCUACCUCCAUCGACAACGCCCCUCCUAGUCCCGCCACUCUGAGCACCGUUUCGCUCAGUACGAACUACACCGAGGACUCGGACGACGAAGAGAUCUUGUUACCCGCCUUCGAGGGUUAUCCGGUCACAAAAAAGGUAUCGGACGUCCCGAAUGAAGUUCCGGAGUUGCCACGGAUACGCUCGUCGGGUUCUGCCGCCGACGAUAGCUCCAUCGAGGAGGAGCCAUCCAGGCACGUCGACUAUCUCUCUCACGAGUGGGAGGAGGGUGAUAUCUGGGCCUCGUGGCGUUAUGUCGUUGCACGGAGAAAUGUAUACGACAAUGGGGCCCGUUUGGAGAAUGCGUCCUGGAGAACCUGGGCCAAAAUCCAUUUGAAACGGGGCACCGUGUCACCCGAGGCACUCAAUUGGCUGAAAGACUGCGACGUAACAUGGCUGUAUGGCCCUCUCAAAAAGUGCGGGCGUCGCAAAUCCGCGUCCGACUCCUCUCUCCCGUCAAGCCAUCUCACCACUCCUACAUUAUGCCAGGACCGGAAACCGAUCCUGAAGAAACGAACGGCUUCGGAAACCAUCCUACAACGUUCUCUGUCCCAGCAUACGCUCCUCCAGCAUGCGGGCGCCAUCCUCAAAGCACAAGAAGCAGAGCAAAGCCGCAACCGCUCAUCUUUCCGAGCACUGGAACUCGACCGGAUGCUGCCACGGCCGGACGGUCGUCAGGUAGUCUCACCCAACGGCACCCCGAUCAACACAAUGUCCAGUGGGGGCGCAUCGCCGAAUGAACGGCGCCACAUCCACUUCAACAACGAGGUUGUGCAGUGUAUCGCGGUCGAGAGCGAAGACGGGGAUGACGAUGAGGAAGUGGGCGGUGACUGGCCUACCGCCUGGGACGACGAUUCGUUGCUGGACCGUGAUUUUGUCACCAUGAAACAAAUGUUUUCUACUCCCUCCGACCGGAGCGCGUCUGCCAGUAAUGCUGGCGCCGAGAAUCGGACCAUCGCCCCUCUUCCGUCCACCAUCCUCAAGUAUCGCGGAGAUACCCCGGAACCUCCGGCAGGGUCCUUCAUGCAUCGCUGGUCCGGCUAUUUAUCCGCCUCGGUCUCUUCUCCUGCCGUCUCUUCUUCUGCCGAAACGACACGACAGUCGUUUCCGUCCGCCAAUUUCCUGUUGGACGACAAUGAUUACGAUCCUGAUUUCUUCCACCAUCCUGACCCACAUGCCUUCGACUCGGGCGAUCGACCUCGUCCCUGGUUCGUCAACCGAAAGGACGACGAAGAGCUCGACCGAGACAUGGAUUUCGCGUCAUCCGGGCUCUUGUGGUCAGACGACGAACGAGAUUCCACCAGUGGCAGCAUCUUGGACCGUGUCGUUGAUACCGUCAACACCGCUCGCGACAUUGCCCAUGUCAUCUGGAAUGUUGGCUGGCGGCGAUGA